AUGGCUGAUUCCAAUGGCGAUGGAGCUCCUCAAUCCAAGAUCACUGAGAAGUUUCAAACCAAAAAAGAGGAGGUGAAUGAUUGCCCGGUUGAGCAAGUGAGGCUGACGGUCCCCAUAACAGAUGACCCAACCCUGCCUGCCCUGACAUUCCGAACAUGGGUUCUUGGACUAAUCUCCUGUGCUCUUCUGGCUUUCCUGAAUCAAUUUUUCGGGUAUCGCACCAACAACUUGUACAUUUCUUCGGUUUCAGCACAAAUUCUUGUCCUUCCCCUCGGGAAGAUAAUGGCUUCAACUCUUCCCAAGAAACGAUUCCGAGUCCCCCUCACAGGGUGGUCAUUUUCCCUGAAUCCGGGACCCUUCAAUCUGAAGGAGCAUGUCUUGAUCACCAUAUUUGCCAACUCGGGAUCAAACAGUGUUUAUGCAGUAAACAUUAUUACCAUUGUGAAGGCUUUCUACCACCGAAAGCUGCAUCCAGUUGCAGCCCUGUUGCUGUCUCUAACAACUCAGAUGCUUGGCUAUGGGUGGGCUGGUUUAUUCAGAAAGUUCCUUGUGGACUCCCCUUACAUGUGGUGGCCCUCAAACCUUGUCCAAGUCUCUCUAUUUAGGGCAUUACAUGAAGUUGAGAAGCGACCUAAGGGAGGACUUACAAGGCUACAAUUCUUCUUCAUGGUCUUCAUAGCAAGCUUUUGCUACUACAUUGUUCCGGGUUUUCUGUUCCCAUCAAUUAGUGCUCUUUCCUUCGUUUGUUGGAUUUGGAAGGACUCAGUCACAGCCCAGCAGAUUGGUUCAGGCAUGAGGGGCAUGGGGAUUGGCUCGUUUGGCCUAGAUUGGUCCACAGUCGCUGGCUUCUUGGGAAGUCCCUUAGCCACCCCUGGCUUCGCCAUCUUAAACAUCCUGAUUGGGUUUGCCUUCACCCUCUAUGUCAUGAUUCCUAUUGCCUACUGGAGCAAUGCAUAUGAAGCUAAGCGAUUCCCAUUCUUCUCCUCAAAUGUGUUUGACUCCACCGGUCAACAUUACAAUCUUUCCCGAAUUCUAAAUCAAGAGACUUUUCAAAUUGAUCAAGCUGGGUAUGAUAAUUACAGCAAAAUCUAUCUUAGUAUCUUUUUUGCCUUCACAUAUGGGUUGAGCUUUGCAACUCUCUCAGCUACCAUCUCACAUGUUGCUCUCUUCCAUGGAAAGACAAUUUGGCAGCUGUGGAGAAAAACAACGGCUGCAGUACGAGAUCAUGUAGGUGAUGUUCACACAAGACUGAUGAAGAACAACUAUGAAGCAGUCCCUCAAUGGUGGUUUCAUAUUAUCCUGAUUUCAAUGCUGGUUCUUUCCUUAGUUGCCUGUGAGGGUUUUGGCAAACAGCUCCAACUCCCAUGGUGGGGAAUCUUGCUGGCUUGUGCCUUGGCUUUGUCUUUCACCUUGCCCAUUGGGAUAAUUAAUGCCACUACAAACCAGGCACCAGGGCUAAAUGUUAUAACAGAACUAGUAAUUGGGUAUCUUUAUCCAGGGAGGCCACUUGCAAAUGUGGCCUUCAAGACCUAUGGCUACAUCAGCAUGUCCCAGGCCCUUAUGUUUCUUGCGGAUUUCAAAUUGGGGCACUACAUGAAAAUCGCCCCCAAAUCCAUGUUUGUUGUUCAGCUGGUGGGAACAGUGGUUGCUUCAGUUGUCUACUUUGGCACUGCCUGGUGGCUUCUUGCUACCAUCCCAAACAUUUGUGAUUCAUCUGUGCUUCCAGAAGGGAGUCCAUGGACAUGCCCUGGAGAUGAAGUUUUCUACGACGCAUCGAUCAUAUGGGGAGUAGUUGGUCCGCUACGAAUGUUCAACAAGUAUGGGGUUUACCCAGAGAUGAACUGGUUCUUCCUGAUCGGCCUUCUCGCCCCUGUUCCAGUAUGGCUGCUUUCCCUUGCAUUACCCAACCAAAAAUGGGUUAAGCUCAUCAACAUGCCGAUUAUUCUUGGAGCUACAAUGAUGAUGCCACCAGCCAGGGCCGUGAAUUAUUUGAUGUGGGGAGCCUUGGGCAUAUUCUUCAACUUCUAUAUUUACAAGAGGUAUAAGGGAUGGUGGGCAAGACAUAACUACAUCCUAUCGGCUGGUUUGGAUGCAGGGAUUGCCUUUAUGGCAAUACUCGUUUACUUCGCUCUCCAAACGAAUAAUAUUAAUGGUCCAGAAUGGUGGGGUCUGGCUACAAGUGACCAUUGUCCACUGGCUUUAUGCCCGACAGCUCCAGGAAUAGCAAUUGAAGGUUGCCCUGUUUUCUGA